GGGCUGGAGGGGUCCGAGGGAAGACAGCGGAGGGGCCCGCAGCAGCGGCUGGCCGGGCGGAAUCGGGCACGCGGCAGCCAAGACUCGGGGUCUCGGGGGGAGCCCAGGAUUCUUAAAACCUAAGUACCAACAUCCUUUUCAAUCAAGGGGAGAGAUUUAUUGAAAUUUAAGUGUGACAUUAUCUGGGAAUGUUGAAAAUAGUACACAAGUUCCUCAGAAAGAGAAGUUCAGUUCCUCCAGCCAACUGUGGAGUCGUGCUGACCUGCACCCAGACAUUGUCUGAUGCUAAGCUGCUGAGAUAAGGACGUUGUGAGUCUGAAACCAGAGCUGAGGGCCUGGAAUACUGGUGUGUGCGAAUGCAUGCCAGGCACCAGGAUCUGCAUUUGUUUGGAGAAAAAUAGGUCACCAGGAUAUUAGGGGCAGCUGUCCUAUGACGAUAGCAAGCCUCUGGCUGUUUCCUGUGGUUGUCACCCUGCUCUUCUGUAAGCUGUCACCAUGACCCUGACAAAAGGCUCCUUCACCUACUCCAGCGGGGAGGAAUAUCGUGGCGAGUGGAAGGAGGGCCGCAGGCAUGGCAUUGGUCAACUGAUGUUUGCAGAUGGUGGCACCUACCUGGGUCAUUUUGAGAAUGGGCUCUUUAAUGGCUUCGGGGUACUGACUUUCUCAGAUGGCUCAAGAUAUGAGGGGGAGUUUGCCCAAGGAAAAUUCAAUGGUGUUGGAGUUUUCAUUCGCCAUGACAACAUGACCUUUGAGGGAGAAUUUAAGAGUGGCAGAGUCGAUGGCUUUGGCCUGCUGACUUUUCCUGAUGGUUCUCAUGGAGUUCCUCGGAAUGAAGGUCUCUUUGAGAAUAACAAGCUGCUCCGGCGAGAAAAGUGUCCUUCAGUGAUCCAGCGGGCACAGAGGGCCUCUGAGUCAGCCCGGAACCUCCCAGCUUGACGGGGUGCCACGGCCCUAUCAGGAGGAGUGAUGGGGCAGAAGGGCUACCUCUGUUCAUUCACUGCAGGUGGAGGAGUGAGCCAGACCCAAGAUCCUUUGAGUUACAAACACCAAACAGCUGCCUUCUGACACAUCCCUUUGACUGCCAGUUGAGAGUUCUGUUGUGGAUUGGGGUCAUUUACAGGCCCUCCAACAGCUUUGACUUGCUGAAUAGGGAGCAGCUGAUUUCAGUUUUGCCUUGGCCCUGCCCCUUGUCUGCUGCUGCUCAGACGAGCUGCCUUUUUCCACACCCUGGAACUCUCCAUCCCUAAAUCCCUGUACUGCCCCGAGCCUUGCUGCCUUCUAUUCCAUCCUAGAUCCAUGGUCAUCUCGGGGUAUACUUAGUGCCCCACCUCCACUCAGGGAGGUGAUCCAACAGCUGCCCCUCAGCAGAGGCCCACACCUUGGGUUUCCUGGGGGAGGGAAGAUGAUGGACUAUCUCGGGGCCAGGGAGAAAAGGCCUGCAGCAGGCAUUUAAAAGCCUAAGGUGGAGACUCUUUCUUCUGUUACCUUAUUAUUUCAUUCUUGUUUGGAAUUAGGGCUCCAGGUCUGUCACUUGGACUGGCCAGGCUGCCCUUGAACUCCUCUUUCUCAGUCUUUGGGUGCUGUGAUGGGUCUUCAUGUGUCCUUGACUUAACAGUGUAGCCACCUCACAGGAAAGGGCCCCAUUUUUGCAUCUCAUCUUUAUGUACCUUCAUUGCUGUUCUGAUAUGGGUAAGAAACUGAUACAAAACUACAAUCUUAAGACUUACUUGUAGAGCAGGAGACAGGGACCUCCAGGCCCACUAAUAGUACAUGAAGGCCAGGAUUGACCCAGUCUUCCUUAAGACUGGGAAAGAACUGGCUAGGCUGGAAUCCUUGUGGACCACCUGGCCAGACCACUACCAGCUCCCUGCAAUUUAGACAAAGGUGAAUCAGUCAGGGAUGCAUUGAGCUAAAAAUUAUUUGGUGGAUUGCAUCCAGGUCACUGUAACUCUUAGCACCAGCCCUGGACAUUAGGUCUGGAGAUGAAAUCUACUCAUCAGCGUCACCCAGAGCUCAUUCAGAGACUUUGUUCCCCUUGGUCCUAAACACACCAUACUCCAUGUCAUUCUCACAUUGAUUGUUCCCUGUGCAGCAGAUUUUGGUGGAAAUACUAGCUGUGUGCCUCUAUCAUCUCUGGAUUGUACUGGUGAAAUAAAAGUGUUUAUAAGGAAUCAA